UAUGAAGAAUUGGCCAUGUGGCGGUUUUGUAGAAUUUUACAUCUACCGAUGGCAAGCUAACCCGGGAGAUAGUAUACUCCUGUACACUGCUGAUUCUGCUGGAAGGAUCACAGAUUUCCCUGCCAAAUGGACAAUCUCACAAAAGUGACAGAAUUCCUGCUGAUGGAGUUUUCUGAUAUCUGGGAGCUGCAGGUGCUACACGCUGGGCUGUUUCUGCUGAUUUAUCUGGCAGUGCUGGUGGGGAACCUGCUCAUCAUUGCGGUCAUCACUCUGGAUCAGCAUCUUCACACACCCAUGUACUUCUUCCUGAAGAACCUCUCCGUUUUGGAUCUGUGCUACAUCUCAGUCCCUGUGCCUAAAUCCAUCCAUAACUCCCUGACUCGCAGAAGCUCCAUCUCCUAUCUUGGCUGUGUGGCUCAAGUCUAUUUUUUCUUUGCCUUUGCAUCUGCUGAGCUGGCCUUCCUCACUGUCAUGACUUAUGACCGCUAUGUUGCCAUUUGCCACCCCCUCCAAUACAGAGCUGUGAUGACAUCAGGAAGGUGCUAUCAGAUGGCAGUCACCACCUGGCUAAGCUGCUUUUCCUACGCAGCCGUCCACACUGGCAACAUGUUUCGGGAGCACGUUUGCAGAUCCAAUGUGAUCCACCAGUUCUUCUGUGACAUCCCUCACGUGUUGGCCCUGGUUUCCUGUGAGGUUUUCUUUAUAGAGUUUUUGACCCUGGCCCUGAGCUCAUGCUUGGUUCUGGGAUGCUUUAUUCUCAUGAUGAUCUCCUAUUUCCAAAUCUUCUCAACGGUGCUCAGAAUCCCUUCAGAACAGAGUCGAGCAAAAGCCUUCUCCACCUGCUCCCCCCAGCUCAUUGUCAUCAUGCUCUUUCUUACCACAAGGCUCUUUGCUGCCUUAGGACCAACUGCAAAAACUCUGUCCAUUCAGGGUUUGGUGAUUGCUCUGACAUACACAGUUUUGCCUCCCUUCCUCAAUCCCAUCAUAUAUAGUCUUAGGAAUAAGGGGAUUAAAAUGGCCAUUUGGAGACUUUGUGAAGAUAUAUUUUCCACAAAACUAGAACAUCCUGGUCUUUACUGCAGAAGAUCUGCAACAAAAAAACAAAAAAGCAUAAAUACUUUAUGACAAAAAAAGAUGAAAAAACUUGAUGAAAUGAUGAAAAAUCCUGAAAAAAGAAACUGAAUGGGAGAAAGACAAUAUUUGCAUUACUAUAUGUAGAUAGAAAUGCAAAUGUUUCUUCAAAAAGUAAAAGUGUAAAAGUAUAAAAGUACAUUCAUAAAAUAUUUCAGGUUGUGUAACUGCAGCUUGUUGUGGUGAUCUAUUCCUUCCCGUUCCAAACAUGUUCAAACUGGUUUAAAUACCUCAUCUUGAACCUGUAGCCUUGCACUGCUGUUACUAUGAAUUUUUUGGAAGAGGACACACACACACACACAUACAACACACAGUUUUAGUACCUGAUUUAGCUAGUCAACAAAAAAACAAGCAGAAG